UCCGCGAUGCUUGUUUGGGGCUGUCGAGUUUGUGUUGCUCGACAGCCACGAAUGGCCGCACAAGUGGGCAAAUGACCCGUUCCAGUAUCUCAUGAGUAAAACCAAAAUUCUCGAAAAUGAACGAAACAAGAGUUCUCACGGCGGUGAAAAGCAGGGGGCGCCAAGCUCUUCUUUCUCGCCUUGCGCGGAAGCGGAGGCCAUGCGCUUCUUAUCCCGCACUUCUCGACAUCCUUCAACCACCUGCUGACGAUCUCGUUUAAUUUGGGUUCAUGGUGUUCUCAUCAGGGCGACAACGUCACGAAAACCGUUUGGAGAACGUCCUAGAGUUGGAAACAACUUUCGGUCGGGGUCAACUUCCCUGGUGAGAGGCUCACGUGUAUGCGGGAUGAGCUUGGCGCUUCUUUGAGGAUUGAGUCAUCAUGGACCAAUACAAGAAUUAAGCUGCUCUCAAUUGAUUUUGGCCAUGGCUUUCCAUCACGUGUGCUGGUCUGUGCCCGUAUUUCUGUCAUUGAUGUCGAAUGUGAGCCCAACUGGCCAAAUGUUGACAUACACGCGCGUCAUAUUUCAAGUUGCAGACGUAAUGCUUCAAGUUUCUAGAGAGGGAGAGGCCCGUGUUAAUGUUAUUGCGAGGCUUUCUUACACCUUAUAAUAGGAUAACGAAUAUAUGAGUCUGCGCUUUCCCGGACUAUCCAAUUACAAGGGAUACAACAAUCGUUGCACACCAUUUUCUCUCUCAGACAACAAGCUUCACAUCUGGGUGGCAAGUAACUGGACAAAUAGUCUCAGUAGUAGCAACCUUCGAAAACCAUCCAGUCGUAUUGAUCCUUAGUUCAAAUGAAGUGAUCUGGGAUUUUGAAAAUAUAUUGCAACAUGGGUAACGGCGGAUCAUCUCAGCCGGUGACCGCAAGUAGCGAUGAAGUGGUUCAUUUAGGGCAUCAGUUGUUCGUGGUCUUGAAGAUGAACAAGCCGGACAACCAGCCCUGGCCAUUGGAUUUUGUACCUCAUGUCGUUGGCUCUCUGCCGAUCAUAGGUGGCUGGGACGAGGCAAAGGCUAUUGCACUGGAGCGUGAGUCAACAAGUGCAUGGGAGCUUAGUUUCGUUGUGCCCGGUGAUCAUGGAUUACUGGAUUUUAAGUUUCUUCUUAAAAGUACUGGUGACGGAAAUGUAUGCAUCCUUGAAGAGGGAGCAAAUAGAAUGCUUCAGGCAGGCACUAUGGAGGGGAAGGCUGGUCCCACUGCUCAAUUUAAAUUCCCCACGAAGAAUGGAAUACAGUUACUGCAACUUGCUGUUAGUAUUCAAGCUGACUCAGUUUCCCCAUUUGCUCUUGCUUCAAGCUGGAGAUCUCUUAGAAAGAACUUACAGUCCCAUGGCUCGAUGGUAUUGGGAAUUCCGGACGUUGCUGUGGAAGGAGAAUAUCCUGUAGCUUCAAGCGAAAUUGAAAAGAAAGCACAGGCUCUUGAGCUGGAUUUAGAGCAGUAUGAGGUGCCUACGCCAGAUGCAAUUUCAGAUUCUGCAUCGCAGGACGCCUUUCCUAGUACACCUGAUUCUACUACUUUGCAGCGUUCAUUCUCUCUUCCUGCUCCAUUUUAUGGAGAAAGUAGCCUUUUCAGGAUUAGAGGCGGAGAUAAAAGUGUUUCAACGCGUAGGAAUUCUGCAGAAAUAGCAAGGAAAGCUGUUCUCAAAGAUCGCUUUGUUCCUAUCAAGGACCUGGUGCCGUUGGAGACGGAAUCUGAGGCAGCUGAUAAGCAAUCAACCCAAAACUUAUCAAAUGGAGCUGAAUUGGAUAAAACUGAGAUAGUUGUCGGUCCUCUUUCAAGAGUUGUCAGUAUUUCCAGUGAGACCGAUGGCGAUGCUCAUUUGGAAAGUGUGAUUGGGGCCAUGCCAGAAGCCGCUGGUGCUGUAGCUGCUGGAGCUGUUGCCGACCAUAUGUUGGGGUCCAAGGAACGUGGCCAGCUAGCAAUCAUUCUGGUUGGCCUACCUGCUCGAGGGAAGACUUUUACAGCAGCUAAGCUGACGAGAUAUCUCAGGUGGCUUGGCCAUGAUACCAAACACUUCAAUGUUGGAAAGUAUCGACGCUUGAAGCAUGGGCGUAACCAGACUGCGGAAUUUUUUCGGGGUGAUAAUCAACAAGGUAUUGAAGCAAGAAACGAGGUUGCAGUCCUGGCUAUGGAGGAUAUGCUAGCAUGGAUGGAUGAAGGAGGACAGGUUGGUGUCUUUGAUGCCACUAAUAGUACAAAAGCCCGUCGGAACUUGUUAUUGAGUUUGGCUGAAGGCAAAUGCAAGGUGAUCUUCUUGGAGAUAAUUUGCAACGACCGUGCAGUGAUUGAGGCUAAUAUUGAGCUAAAGAGUACUGGAAGUCCGGACUAUGCUGACAUGCCCGACUAUGAAACUGCUCUCGAAGACUUCAGAACCCGGCUUGACCACUACGAAAAAAUGUAUGAACCAGUUACUGAGGGUUCGUACAUAAAAUUGAUUGACAUGGUCAGGGGACAGGGCGGUCAUGUGCAAGUGAGCAAUAUAAGUGGGUAUCUCCCUGGCCGUAUCGUGUUCUUUUUGGUCAAUACUCAUAUCACUCCACGGCCAAUAUUUCUUACUCGACAUGGUGAAAGUGAGGAUAAUGUGAGGGGUCGUAUUGGAGGAGAUCCUGUACUUAGCGAAGCUGGGGAAAAGUAUGCGCUUAAGCUGGCUGAUUUUGUGCACAAGCGACUGAAGAACGAGUCGGCUGCUUCUAUUUGGACAAGCACUUUGCAAAGGACAGGUAUCACGGCAAGGCACAUCGAAGAAUUUCCAAAAGUUCAAUGGCGAGUGCUAGAUGAAAUUAAUGCAGGUGUUUGCGAUGGAAUGACUUAUGAGGAGAUCAAGCAACAUAUGCCAGAAGAAUACUCAGCACGCAAGGCAGAUAAACUCCGGUACCGUUAUCCUCGCGGUGAAUCUUAUUUGGACGUCAUUCAAAGGGUCGAGCCUGUCAUUGUGGAGCUUGAGAGACAACGCUCACCGGUGGUAGUCAUUGCACAUCAAGCAAUCCUUCGCUCGUUAUAUGCUUACUUUAUGGACAAACCUCUGAAGGAAGUGCCUCAUAUUCAGGUGCCAUUGCAUACUAUUAUCGAGAUUCAAAUGGGAGUAGCAGGAAUGCAAGAAAAGCGGUAUAAGCUCAUGGAAACAAGCACUUAGGCAUCUUCUGUUUGUGCUCCACUCAACAUUUUUAUCUUCCCAUUUCAAUUUCAUCAAUGUAUUGACGUUUCAUUUAUUCUAAAAGUAGAAUAAAAAAGCAGAGUGCAAAAGCAGAGUACAGUGGAUGAAAAUAUGUUGGGGUCCAGAAAAAAGUACUGAAAGAGGUUUUAGUGCUUCGAACCUACUUCUCUUAAACCUCUUGCUUUGUUUCAAAAUUACAAAAGACAGAAAUAAAGCAAGGUUAAGAAAUAUAGCAAGAUUAUUUUUUUUACCCAUUUCA